UUGGUGUACGCACCCGGGACCCUCACCGACUUACCUGAAGGUUUAGACCACCAUGAUAGGGUUUACGAUGCAUCGAUUACUAAUGAAGCAACACAUACCGGCAAUUAGUUAAUCUAAAAAUCCACGACAUCGUAAACGGUUUCUCUGAAGUCAUUUUACCUUUCUUAAUAGUUUCAAAGUUCCCGCGACCGCUAUAAAUGAUUAAAAAUCCCUACAUUUUAUUUAUUUUUAAGUCAAUAUUUUAUAGAUAUCUUAUUUUGAAUAAUAAUUAAUUUGAGAUAAUUUGUUUUGAAAAAGUAAAAUUAACAUCAAAUUCGCGCGCGUUAAAGUUUGUAUUUCCAGGAAAUGAAUUGACGCCAGUACCAAAUAUUGAUUGUUACUUUGUUGAUACGGAUAUCGAGAAGCAAAGUGAGAACGUGAUAAAUACGAAUCACGAAAUUACUGUUUUAUAGUAAACGUAAUUAUUCUAUUAGUUGAAUAACUGAUAACAGAAUUCAUAUUAACAUGGAUAGUGAAUUAGAACAAUUAGCUGUAAAUCUCUUUGAUAUAGGAGCGUUUAAAUUUGGAGAAUUUGUGACCAAAGUUGGUCUAAAAACACCAAUAUAUUUUGAUUUAAGAGUCUUAGUCUCUCAUCCAAAAAUAAUGACCAGUUUGGCUAGAAUGUUAUUGCCAUUUGUAGAAGAAUGUCCAAAUGUAGCACGAAUUUGUGGUGUUCCUUAUGCAGCUGUACCAUUAGCAACAUUGAUUUCUAUAGACUCUAAUGUGCCCAUGUUACUUAUGAGAAAGCAAACAAAGACAUACGGUACAAAGAAAAUUAUAGAAGGGAAGUUUAAGCCAGGAGAUAGUUGUGUGAUUAUCGAUGAUGUAGUUACAAGCGGUAGCAGUAUUUUAGAGACAGCAGAUAUCUUAAGAAGGGAAGGUUUAAAAGUAACAGAAGCAUUUGUGGUAAUUGACAGAGAACAAAACGGCAAAAAAAAUAUAGAGAGUCAUGGUAUUUUGAUGAGGAGUCUGUAUACAACCACAAAACUGAUGACAUACCUCUUGAAAGCUAAUAAAAUUGCUGCCAAUAUUGUUAAAGAUGUGACUGAUUACUUAUUAAUAUCCAAAGCACCAAUCAUUUCUCCAGACAACCGAUUGACGAUGCCAUUUCAUAUUCGUGCCGAAAAGUGCAAAAAUGCAAUUGGCUCCAAGUUAUUUCAUCUAAUGGAAUCGAAGCAAUCCACUAUAUGUUUAGCAGCAGAUCUAACUAAAGCAGAUGCUGUUAUAGAGUUGGCUGAUUUAGCAGGACCACAUAUAGUGUUGUUAAAAACUCAUGUCGAUAUAUUAGAAGAUUUUAGUGAUAAUUUCAUCAAGCGCUUAAAAGAGUUAGCGAAAAAGCAUGACUUUUUAUUGAUGGAAGAUAGAAAAUUUGCUGACAUCGAAAAUACUGUAUGUUUACAGUAUGAAAAAGGGAUUUACAAGAUUGCACAAUGGGCAGAUGUCGUUACGGUGCACGCGAUCGCAGGUCAAAGUAUCAUAGAUGACUUCAAAAAUAGUUUAAAAAACAUAAGCGAACCUCGCGGCCUAUUUAUCUUAGCAGAAAUGUCCUCCAAAGGAGCAUUGACGAUUGGUGACUACAUGCAGGAUGCUAUAAGUAUUGCAGAAAUUUCGGAUAUGGUAGUUGGAGUUGUUUGUCAAUCGGAUAUUUUCUCGAGUCCGGGACUUAUUCAAUUGACACCUGGAGUAAGAAUAUUGAAAAGUACCGAUGACUUGGGACAGCAAUACAACACUCCAGAAUCUGUUGUCAAUUCUGGAGCUGAUUUAGCUGUAGUGGGCAGAGGUAUUACCGAAGCGGAAGAUAAAUUGGCUGCCACAUUAAAAUACAAGGAAGAACUUUGGGCAGCUUACAUAAAACGAAUAACUUUGUAAUAAAUACCAGGAGUACGGGAAAAAUAUAUUUUUUAUUUUCGAUUAUGUGUACAACAAUUAAAAACCGUAAAUAAUUGAAUAACAUCGACUUUAAAAAAAAGUUCUGCUAAUAGAGCGAUGCACAAAUUUCGAUGUAUGUACAUUAUAUAAUAAUACAUUAAUCUAUUCACAUUACUGUACAAAAGCUUUAAAGUGUAUUUACUUGUUCCCAUUAACAAUGAUACAGGAUUACAUGUACACAUAUGUAUAUCCUUUGCAAUGUGCAAGAAACUCUUUAUAUUUCCUAUAAAUGCUGCCAUAUAAAAAUCGUUAUAUUUAUACAUGUACACUUUACCUCUUUUGUACAAAAUGCAAUUAAAUGAACCCCUUGUGAUCCUAUAUGUUAUUUGUAUGUAAUGCAGAUAUUUUACAUUUUCGUAUAUUAUAUUAUUAUAAUGUCAUGAAAUUAUAUUUUUCAUCAAAACUUAA